CUUUUUCUGCUGAUCAUUCGAAAUAAUCAUGCCGUGCCGUGUAGUGUCGUAACCUUGUUCUCGCUUUUUUUCUCAAAAAAUCAACCAGAGUUAUUAAGUACUUUUCAUGACAAACCGGAAGUUCAGUUAUAUACGUGCCACGUAAUCUAUAUUUCUGUUUUUGGGUGAAUUCAAAGAAAAGCUCUUUUUUUUCUCUUUUGGCGCGGGAGCGGCAGGACGAGAUAGAGUUUAUGAGGAUUCGCGACGAUCUCGAAGGACCAUGCGAUUUAUGACAACGGUGAAUGCUAAGUUGUUGCCGGUUCUGCGGCAGCGCGGAGCGAUCGUGCGUUCCUUCCGCAGCGAGCGGUCGGCACCUGAUCGCCACGGAUCAUCGCCAACCUGUCUCCAUGCCAGACCGCGGCUGGCACGAACGGAAUAUCAAGGUGAUAGGUCAGGAUUACUGAGAAAUGCCUACUCUCGUCGGAUUCAUCCCGCGGUGGUGUCGGCGAGAUUCUUUGCGACGAUAAAUGAUGGUAAUGGAGAACAAUCUGGUGAUUAUCCUGCUUCUUUACCAGCAACUGUAGUAGUACCUGAAGUAUGGCCUCAUGUGCCAGUAAUUGCUAUCAAUAGAAAUCCAGUAUUUCCCAGAUUCAUUAAACUUAUUGAAAUUAGUAAUCCAAUUCUGAUAGAUCUAAUACGUAGAAAGAUAAAGCUAAAUCAGCCUUAUGUGGGAGUUUUCUUAAAGAAAACUGAAGAAAAUGAAGCUGAGAUCGUUCAAAAUUUGGAUGACAUUUAUUCAAUUGGAACUUUUGCUCAAGUACAUGAGAUACAGGAUCUGGGAAAUCGGUUGAGAUUGGUGAUCAUGGCACACAGAAGAAUCAAGAUUGUUAAUCAAAUGUUUGAGGAUCUUAAUCCAAAAUCAGAACAUAAGAUGAAACUGACGUUUCCACUAUUAAAUACUACAAUUACCGUUCCUGUAGACGACACAAUGACCAGCGGCAAACUAAAUCGGAGAUCAUUGCGUAAAAAGACAGAGUCUAAAGUUACAGAUCGAAUUGAAAAAACGGAAAAAGUUAGUGAAACUGACCGUAUGGAAAUAAAAUCAACAGAUUUGCAUGAGAAGAGUACAGAAAAACCAUUAGAUUCAUCAAACCCUCACUUCACUAAUCAACCUGUAUUAAUGGUGGAAGUUGUAAAUGUGACCCAUGAAAAAUUUAAGCAAACUGAAGAGAUCAAGGCGUUGACGCAAGAACUCAUUAAAACAAUCCGAGAUAUAAUCAGCAUGAAUCCUUUGUAUCGCGAAUCUUUGCAACAAAUGCUGCAUCAAGGACAAAGAGUUGUGGAUAAUCCAGUUUACCUCAGUGAUUUGGGAGCUGCUUUAACUGGAGCAGAUCCGCAGGAAUUGCAACAGGUUUUAGAAGAAAUGGAUAUAUUAAAACGAUUAAGGUUGUCGCUUGCGCUUUUAAAAAAAGAAUAUGAAUUAAGUAAGCUACAGCAGAAAAUUGGUAGAGAGGUUGAGGAGAAAGUAAAACAGCAACAUAGAAAAUAUAUUUUACACGAACAAUUAAAAGUUAUUAAAAAAGAACUAGGGUUAGAGAAAGAUGAUAAAGAUGCAAUAGAAGAAAAGUAUAGAGAAAAAAUAAGGCAAAAAACAGUUCCUAAACCGGUGAUGGACGUAUUGGAAGAAGAAUUGAAUAAACUUUCCUUUUUAGAAAGCCAUAGUAGCGAAUUCAAUGUUACGAGAAAUUAUCUAGACUGGCUUACGUCUAUGCCAUGGGGUGUGACAAGUACAGAGAAUUUAAAUCUUCAAGAUGCUAUCAAAAUUUUGGACGAAGAUCACUAUGGAAUGGAAGAUAUAAAAAAAAGAAUACUUGAAUUUAUUGCCGUUAGUCAACUAAAAGGUAGUACACAAGGAAAAAUAUUAUGUUUCUACGGGCCUCCUGGAGUCGGCAAAACUUCAAUAGCUAGAUCGCUUUCUCGUGCUUUGAAUAGGGAAUAUUUUAGAUUUAGUGUCGGCGGAAUGACGGAUGUGGCAGAGAUUAAAGGACACAGAAGAACAUACGUAGGAGCUAUGCCAGGCAAAGUCAUUCAAUGCUUGAAAAAGACCAAAACCGAGAAUCCAUUGAUUCUGAUAGAUGAAGUCGAUAAAAUUGGCAAGGGUCAUCAAGGAGAUCCAGCAUCUGCUCUUCUCGAAAUGCUCGAUCCAGAACAGAACGCGAAUUUCCUGGAUCACUAUUUAGAUGUUCCAGUAGAUUUAUCGAAAGUCCUAUUUAUUUGCACGGCAAAUAUAAUAGACACAAUUCCGGAACCUCUGAGAGAUCGGAUGGAGAUGAUAGAUAUGUCUGGUUAUGUAGCCGAAGAAAAACUCGCUAUCGCGAAACAAUAUUUGGUUCCACAAGCUAGAACCGAAUGCGGUCUCGGCAAUCAGCAGGUCAGCAUACAAGACAAUGCGCUUGUAUCGUUAAUUAAAUCUUAUUGCCGAGAAUCAGGAGUGAGAAGCCUACAGAAACAUAUAGAGAAGGUGCACAGGAAAGUGGCGUUUAAAGUUGUUAAGAAAGAAGCCAACAAAAUCGAUGUCACCGCGGAUAACUUGCAAGACUUUGUGGGCAAGCCUGUAUUCACGCAUGACAGGCUGUAUGAUAUUACGCCUCCCGGCGUGGUAAUGGGACUGGCAUGGACGGCCAUGGGUGGAUCCACGCUAUUUAUCGAAAGUACCAUUAGAAAGCCGACAGGCGGCAAAAAAGCCGAAGGAACUUUUGAAGUUACUGGCCAUCUAGGUGACGUGAUGAAAGAAUCUAUACAUAUCGCGAUGACUGUAGCGAGAAAUUAUCUGAAACAGGAGGAUUCUUCGAACACAUUUUUAUAUGAUUCUCAUUUACACAUACAUGUGCCUGAAGGAGCAACCCCAAAAGAUGGACCUAGCGCAGGUGUGACAAUUGCUACUGCAUUGUUGUCUUUGGCUAAAAAUAAAGCUAUCAGGCAGAACGUAGCGAUGACAGGAGAAUUGAGUCUUAUGGGCAAGGUACUUCCUGUUGGUGGUAUAAAGGAAAAAGUUAUUGCAGCAAAACGAGUAGAUGUUAAAUGCAUAAUUUUACCCGAGGAGAAUAAGAGAGAUUUCAAUGAUUUACCUAAAUAUAUAACAGAUGGUUUGGAAGUGCAUUUUGCUUCGACAUUCGAUGAUGUUUAUCGUAUAUGUUUUGCAAAAACAGAUAAGGACUCUCUGCGAUCUGCUAAGUCAAUCACUGAUCACGCUGAUCAGUCACAACCAACAUUUGCAUAAUAUAUAGAGUGAUCUUUUUCAAAAAAAGAAGAGUAAUAAUAUGAGAAAUGAUAAUAGGAAAUCAUUCCGAAUUAGCCAUAUAUUGUAUAUAUUUUUUCUUCAUUAUACUUUUGAUUAACAUUGGCA